AUGUCCGACAAUGAAAAACCUCAACUCUUUUCUAAUGGAGAUUUCGAAAAAGUUGCGGCAAAUAUUAUAAGCAGCCCCCGGAGAAUUCCGUCUCAAGACUCGUUCGAUUUGUUGUUCAAAAUAAGUGAUAAACAACGUGAAUACUACACAAAGUGCUUUCGUCAUCUUAUGAAAACAACUCAAGGAGUUGUCGACUUAAAUGGUGCUCUAUAUGGCUCGGACCCACGAAUCAUGGCAUUUUUUAAACGAAGCUCUUUGGAUGUGCCGUCAUUGUCUAAAAUUUGGAAUUUAGCUGAUGUUAAUGAAGAUGGCUGGUUGGAUCUUAAUGAAUUUUCAAUAGCCAUGCACUUGGUCGUACUAAAAGUAAAGGGUGAAGUUCCUAUACCAGAUGUGUUGCCCCUUUUUGCACGCCCACCAAUGACAACAUCAAGAUCAACUAGCCAACAGGGACAAUGUUCCGGAACUCCUUCAAUUUCUAAUACAGUAUGUUCUUCACCGCCUCCAUCUUGGAAUUCUGACGGAACUGUUACUACAACAGACGGAAGACUUCCAACCAUCCAGCCGAGUAUCAAACAAUUUUCCAACACUCCCCCCUUGCUUGUUGACAGUCGACCGACUCCUAUAAAGCAUUCUGCUCUGUUGGCUUUAAAAAGUCCGUCGGGACCUCCGCCAAUUCCACCCCCUCGACCACAACAAAAAGGUCAUGGGCGAAGUGCAAGCUUAGAUUUGAAACUAAUCGCAUUGAAUCAUGGGAAAUUUCCUAUUAAUGAAAAUAUGAAUGCUGUGCCACCGUCAACACUUGCAUUAUGGAGCUCGCAUACUGAUCCUGAAGCUUCGCCAUUAGAAAAUUCUGUGUCUACAGUGACAACGAGUUUCACUUCGUUUCCCGAAACACCUGAAAAUAGUUUCCCUGCGGCAGUUUUGCCACCGCCCAUCCCUCAACGUAUCACCCCAUCACCGUUAUUAAUUAAAAAAAUUGAAGAAGAAAAUUCUCAAUUAAUCGACGCUGAAACUCAGACAGAAAUCAAAGUUUACGAUGAGGAAGAGAUUAAGCAAUUUUUUGAUAAAUUUGGCACCCAAUUAGAUAAUUUGCUUGGAGACGAAAUUGAAGCGACUGAAAGUCGUGGACUUGACCGAUGGAGUAAACGAUGUGCGGCACUGAAGCAGCAAAAUGCAGAGUUAGAAGCAGAACGUUCAAAACUAGCACAGAUUCGCCUUCAAUUGGAGAUUCGACUACAGGAGCUGAGCGAACACAAUCGCUCUACUAAGAAUUAA